AUGAAAAGGCAAAAUCAAAGCUCUGUGGUUGAAUUCAUCCUCUUGGGCUUUUCUAACUUUCCUGAACUCCAAGAGCAGCUCUUUGGGGUUUUCUUGGUUGUUUACCUUGGGACUCUGAUGGGAAAUGCCAUCAUUAUAGUCAUCAUCUCCCUGGAACAGAGCCUCCACGUUCCUAUGUACCUGUUCCUGCAGAACCUGUCUGUGGUGGAUGUGAGUUUCAGUGCAGUCAUUAUGCCUGAAAUGCUGGUGGUCCUCUCCACUGAGAAAACGUCAAUUUCAUUUGUGAGCUGUUUUGCACAGAUGUAUUUUAUUCUUUUUUUUGGUGGGACUGAAUGUUUUCUCCUGGGGGCGAUGGCUUAUGACCGAUUUGCUGCAAUCUGCCAUCCUCUGAGCUACCCAAUGAUUAUGAACAAAAGGGUUUUCAUGAAAUUAGUAAUGUUCUCAUGGGUCUCAGGGAUCAUGGUGGCUACCGUGCAGACCACAUGGGUUUUCAGUUUUCCCUUCUGUGGCCCCAAUGAAAUCAAUCAUCUCUUCUGUGAGACACCCCCUGUGCUAGAACUUGCAUGCGCAGACACCUUUCUGUUUGAAAUCUAUGCAUUCACUGGCACCAUUUUGAUUGUCAUGGUCCCCUUUGUGUUGAUUCUCUUGUCUUAUAUUCGGAUUCUCUUUGCCAUCCUGAAGAUGCCAUCGGCCACCGGGAGGCAAAAGGCCUUUUCCACCUGUGCCUCCCAUCUCACGUCUGUGACCCUCUUCUAUGGCACAGCCAAUAUGACUUAUAUCCAACCCAAAUCUGGCUACUCCCCAGAAACAAAGAAGGUGAUGUCAUUGUCUUACUCACUUCUUACACCUCUGUUGAAUCCACUGAUCUACAGCUUGAGAAACAGUGAGAUGAAAAGAGCUUUGAUGAAAUUGUGGCGAAGAAAGGUGGAUUCACACAUAUUCUGA